AUGGAUUACUUUAACGUCAUACAACACUACUACUCUGGUAACUAUACAGAUUGUUUAAAUGAGAUAGAAAAGACCUCUAAUUCCGAUGAUAACAUUUUGACUUACUACAAUGGAAUGUCACAACUGGCAUUGAAGAAAUAUACCCCAGGAUCAUCCGCUUCUAAUUUAGGCAAAUCUAUGGAUGCAUUUGCAUCUUUUCUAGAGAAUAAAGACGCCUCGAAGUUAAAAUCAUCAAUUACUGUUGGCUCUUCAAAUGGUUUCGAACUUAGCCUUUUGGCUACUACACUAACAAUCCUUGGUGAAUUAAAUGAAGCUCUGGAUUUAUGUAUUGAGGGUCUCGAUUCAAUUACUACUGAAGAAGAUAGAACAUCAAAUGGUUACAUAGAAUUAUCAUUACUAGCAGUUCAAAUUGCUAUAUUGAAAGGUGAUCAAGCCGCGGCAACUAACAUUUUCUAUUCAAUUGAACAAAGAUUGACUCUAAAUAACGAAGCAGAAAUAAUUCAAAACUUAGCAGAGGCCUAUGUGAAAUUUGGUAAGAACGAAGACACUUCCGGUUUGAACUUUUAUUAUUUUGAAGAAUUGGCCCAAACAAAUCCAAACUGGAAAACACAGUUGGGUCUUCUAAAUUUACAUCUACAACAAGGUAACAUUAACGAAGCUCAAGGUAUCAUAGAUGUACUAGAAUCUGAUUACUAUCAAGUGGAACAAACAGAUAGUGCAGAAACGUUCAAACCACAUUUUUUCGCCUGUAAAAUCACUUUAGCUGCUAUGCAAGGUUUGAAUAAUGUUGAAACUUUGAAGAAAGAACUACUUGUACUGGAUCCAGAACAUCCACUUAUUAAGAAUGAUAAAGAUAUGAAUAACAGAUUUGAUGAAUUGGUUGCAAAGUUCAAGAACUAG